AUGGGUGUUCCCGCUCUCUUCAGGUGGCUGUCCAAGAAGUACCCCAAGAUCGUCUACCGCGUCCAGGAAGACACCCCGACCAAGAUCCGCAAAGAUGACGGCGAGAUCAUCGAGGUCCCCGUCCGCUACGAGUCGGAGAACCCCAACGGGUUUGAAGUCGACAACCUGUAUCUUGACAUGAAUGGUAUCGUCCAUCCGUGUACACACCCCGAGGGCCGCCCCGCGCCCGAGACCGAGGAGGAGAUGAUGGUCGAGGUGUUCAGGUACACUGAGCGUGUCGUCAACAUGGCCCGGCCCCGCAAGGUACUCAUGAUGGCUAUUGACGGUGUCGCUCCGCGCGCCAAGAUGAACCAGCAGCGUUCGCGUCGUUUCCGUUCCGCGCAGGAGGCGCAGGAGAAGGAGAUUGAACGCCAGGAGGCCAUCAAGAUGUACGAGGCCAUGGGCCACGCCGUCUCCGAAGAGACCAAGAAUAAGAAGGCAUGGGACUCGAAUGCCAUCACGCCAGGCACACCCUUCAUGGACCUCCUGUCCAAGAGCUUAAAAUACUGGGUGGCUACCAAGCUUAGCACCGACCCCGGAUGGAAAGACCUCAAGGUCAUCAUCUCGGACGCAUCGGUCCCCGGCGAGGGAGAGCACAAGAUUGUCGACUGGAUCCGCCGCCAGCGCUCCCACCCGACUUGGAACGCCAACACCAGCCACGCCAUGUACGGCUUGGAUGCCGACCUCAUCAUGCUUGGCCUGGCAACCCACGAGCCGAUCUUCCGCAUCCUUCGUGAGGACGUAUUUGCGCAGGGGGGGAACAAGGGGCCGCAGACGUGCGGCAACUGUGGCAAAGUUGGCCACAUCAAGGCCAACUGUAAGCAGCCCAAGAAGGUCAAGGAUCCCAACGAAGUGGAAAAGGCUGUACCUGUCGACCCCAAGCCGUUCAUCUGGCUCGACGUCAAUGUGCUGCGCGAGUAUCUUGCAGUUGAACUCAACGUCCCAAACGUUCCGUUCCACUUUGAUCCUGAACUCGCUAUUGAUGACUGGAUCUUCAUGAUCUUCUUCGUCGGCAACGAUUUCCUACCGCACCUGCCUUCCCUUGAGAUUCGUGAGGGUGCUAUCGACAAGCUUCUCGAAAUUUGGCGUAACGAGCUGCCGCGCAUGGGUGGAUAUCUUACGAACCACGGCAAAGUCAAUCUCGACCGUGCUCAGCUUAUUCUCGAGGGCCUCGCCUCCCGCGAGGACUCGAUCUUCCAGAAGCGCAAGGAGGAUGAGGACAGACAGAAGAGUCGCGAGAACCACCGUCGAAAGCAGGAGCACGACAGACAGGACCGAGAGAACGGUGUCACGGACGACCCCGGAUCCAUGCAGUUGAAUGGACAAGACUAUGUCGCUGUCUCGGCUUCUGACACUGCUCGUGGUGGACGUUUGCAUCCGUCAUUGCCGACGCGGCCUGGUUUCGACACGGCGCCAGCCGAGUCUGCGGAGCCAGCCAAGCCAGCGUUCAAACCCGGCAAGAAGCUCACAUACCAACAGCAGGCUGAGUCGUUAAAGGCAGGUCUGGCUGCCAUGGGCGGGAGCAAUGCGGACAUUGUCAAGAACCGCAAGGCCAUACGUAUGGCCAACAUGUCUGCUGCCGACAAGCUCAGAGCUGAGCUGGAGGGCGACGAGGCGCCUAAAGAUUCGUCCCAGGAGAUGGACGAGUCCAUGGAGGAGAAGCCGGAGAACGGCGACGAGGGGACAGACCUUGACAACGAGGAGCACGAGGGGGAUGAGGAUGACGAGGACGAGGAUGACGACGUCCAGUCUGGUGGCAAGAGGAAAAAGCGCGGUGACACUAGUGGGCAGCGCAAGGCCCGGAAGCUGGAUGGCGAGCAAGAUGAAGAAGAUGAGGAUGAGGAGGAAGCGCCGGCCAAUCCAGGCGACGAGCACGUAUCCAAAAAGAAGCUCAAGGUCAACCCAGACGGGACGGUUGAUUACGAGGACACUGUGCGCCUGUGGGAGCCUGGUUACCGUGAGCGUUACUACCGCCAGAAGUUCGGUGUCGAGUUGUCCGACACCAAGUUCAUCAGCGAGAUCACACACGCAUACAUGGAGGGCCUCUGUUGGGUUCUCGAGUAUUACUACCAGGGUGUUCCCGCAUGGGACUGGUACUACCCGUACCAUUACGCGCCGUUCGCGCAAGACUUCCACAACGUCGGUAGCUUCGACAUCAAGUUCAAGGUCGCCGGGCCGUUCAAGCCGUUUGCUCAACUGCUUGGCGUCUUCCCUGCUGCAAGUCGCAUCCACCUCCCGGCUCCUCUGCAGACACUCAUGAUCGACGAGAAUUCGACCAUUCUCGAUUUCUAUCCCGAGGACUUUGAGAUCGACAUGAACGGCAAAAAGAUGCAGUGGCAGGGCGUUGCUCUGUUACCUUUCAUUGACCAGACCCGUCUCCUCACUGCCCUCGAAAGCAAGGAAAACGAGCUCACGGAGGACGAGAAGCGUCGUAACUCUUUGGGCGACAACAUCAUGUUCAUCGCAGAAGAGAAUGCCCUCUUUGAACCCUUCGCCAAGGCGUACAGCGUCAAGCCUGAGGAGGGCAAGAGGCCAAAGCUUAUCCCCAUCAACCCCCAACAGUCGCUUGGCAUCACCGGCUCGUUCCUCACCGACCCCAACUGCGUACCGGGCGCGAGCAUGGACACGCCUCUCCCGUCAAUCAAGGAGUGCCCUGACCUUGUCAACAACAACUCGCUCUCGGUGAGCUACUACUUCCCACGCCAGCUGCACCGCCAUCGCUCGGCCAUCCUUCCAAGCUAUCGGCCAGGGCUGCCCAAGCUCACUGAGUCGGACCGCGACUGGACGCGCCGCGGAGGACACGAGAGGAGACAAGGCCCUGGACACCGUGGUGGCGGCGGCAACCGCGGACACGGAGGACACGGCGGAGGCCCAGGCCAUGCCCGUGGCGGUCGUGGACCGCCCAGUGGCGGCUAUGGUCAGACGCCGUAUGGCGGCGGUGCCCCGAGCUACGCAGGUGCCGGUGGCUACAGCCAGGGCGGUGGCUACGGCGGAGGAGGGUACCGAGGCGGUGGUGGUUAUGGGGGAGGCCGCAACCCGCACGGCCAGCCCCAACCGACCGCUGCGUACGGUGGCGGAGCGGGCGGUGGCUAUGGUGGCUACGGUGGUGGCUACAGUGGCGGGGGAGGUUACGGUGGUGGUGGUGGUGGCAGUUAUGGAGGGGGGGCAUAUGGUGGCCAGGGCGGUCAAGGUGGCCAAGGUGGCUACGGUGGCGGUGGGUAUGGCGGCCAAGGUGGCUACGGAGGCGGCGCAUAUGGCGGCGGCCAAGGUGGCAACAGAGCCUACCAGCAGCCGCCAUACGGCGCUCCUCCUUCCAACUUUAGCCGGAACUCAAGCGGAUACGGAGGUGGCGCACAAAGAGGAGGGUACGGUGGAUCGCACGGGUCGAAUCGCGGCGGGCCGAGACGGUACUGA